ACAGAUCAACUGUGAACGACGAUCAAAGCAAAAAAUGCGUUGUACCAAGCCUGAACGCCGUUCAAAUUGCCCGGUUAACUGAACGGUGACAUUAGGCGGUUCAAGCGUCGUUCAGGGGUAGACAUAACCUUAUUAUUUGACAUAUUCCGCUUUUCGUUGUUUUGAUUAUCGUUUUGUUAUUGUUCUUAAGAUUUUUCGUAAUGGAUCCUUUAUUAGGUGAAUUAACUGACGACGAAGACUUUUUAGAAUUAGUGAGACAACAUGAACGGCUAAGGAGACCACAAACAGUACGAUUUCGACCAAACAAUUUCGAAAAAUGGAAUGACGUGGAUUUUUAAAAAAUAUUUCGACUUGCUAAACCUAUUGUGAAUUAUUUAAUAGAGGAAAUUUCCGGUUUAAUUGCAUCUAAAACAAACAAAAAUCAUGCUUUAACACCAGCUGACAUGGUAUUUAUCACAUUAUGGUUCUUAGCAACAGGAUGUUUUCUACAAAGUGUUGGUGAUAUCAGUGGUGUAGACAAGUCUACUACGAGCCGCGUGAUUACAAAAGUAACUAGAGCUAUAGCAUCUUUAAGCAAGGACUUUAUUAAAAUGCCAAUGGGAGUGGAAGAUAGAAAUUCAAAGGCACAAGGAUUUUAUAAUAUUUGUCGCUUUCCAAGAUGCAUAGGAGCAGUUGAUUGUACGCAUGUGAAGAUACAAUCUCCUGGAGGGGCAAAUGCAGAGAAUUACCGCAAUAGGAAAGGAUUUUUUUCAUUUAAUGUCCAAGCAAUUUGUGACAGCGAUUUGAAAAUAUCUAACAUUGUGUGUAGAUGGCCUGGUUCUACACAUGAUUCAAUGAUUUUUAGAAAUUCUAGAGUAAAGGCUGAGUUUGAAAAUGGAGUAUAUGGAAAUAAUUUAUUACUAGGGGACAGUGGGUAUGGAGUAAAACCAUACCUAAUAACCCCUUUGGCGAAUCCAACAACGAGGGCUGAAAACUUAUUUAACGAAGCUCAGAUAAGAACAAGAAACCCAAUAGAAAGGUGUUUUGGUGUACUAAAAAGAAGAUUUCCUAUAUUAGCGACAGGAAUCCGUUUAAAUGUUGAUAAAGUAGAAGCAAUAGUGGUUUCCGCUGCUGUUCUUCAUAACAUAGCGUGUCAUUUUGCAGAUUCAACACCAUUGGUAACUGAUGAAAUUGAAGCGGAAAUAAACAUUGGAAAUAAUAUAGGAGAACAUGUUCCAAAUGACUUGGGUGGUAUAAAUAAUAGUGUUAGAUAUAGUUUAAUUAAUGAAUAUUUUGAACCACUGUAAAUAUGUUAUUUUACGAUAUAGAAUAUAUUGCUGAGUAUUAAUUAUUUACAUCUAGAACUAAUUAUUUACGUCUAGAAAAUGUUUCAAUAUUAUUUUACUAAAACAUUCUUAAAAUGUCUUAAUGUUUUAAAGUCAAAAUAACUUGUUAAUUAAUUAAAUUGUGAU